CCUUAAAGUUGGUAGAAAGAAUAAUUUGAUCUAAACCGCCGCUACAGAUCGUAAAGUUUUUAUUUCAACAAUUUAAUCGAAAUUAAUGGGGAUUUAUUUAUUUUAAAUAAUUUAUCAAUUUACUAUAAGUCUACAAAAUUAACUAAUAUGCAUUUUGCUCAAAAGUAUCUGGAAAAAUUAUCAAUAUAUAAAAGAAACGGUCAAACAUCUUCGAAAAAUAAUACAAAUGUGUUACUAUAUUGUAAUUAUUAUAGCUUCUAUUCGCAGAAGGUGUUAUUGGCACUUUAUGAAAAAAAUGUAGAUUUUGAACCUUUCACGGUAGACAUAACAAAAGGAGAACAAUAUUCAUCAUGGUUCUUGGAAAUAAACCCCCGAGGGGAAAUUCCCGUUCUAAAAGUGAAAGAUGAAAUUAUACCUGAUUCCACUAGGAUUCUAGAUUAUUUGGAAGUAUACUUAGAUCCAGAACUUCCGCCUUUGAUAAAUGUAUCGACAGACGCCAAGAUUUUGAAUAAUAUCAAUAAAUAUCGAGAACUUAUAGAAGCAUUGCCGGUUGGAGUUAUUACAGUGGGCUCAUUUUUCCAUCCUCAUUUGUGUGGACGCCCUAAGUUACCAUUUAUUCUACCUGUAAGAGAAGUUCUUAAAACUGGAGACUUGAGUAGUUCAAAAAAUCUUAGAAAACUUGCUGAAGAAAAUCCUAAGGCUAGAGGAAUAUUAUUGUACAAAGCUGAGAUCCAAGACAAGAAACAUGAAAUAUUAGCAAAUGAAGAAGAAUAUUUGAAAAUACUGAAUAUUGUCGAUGAUGUAUUCUCCCUCAUAGAAAAUGAAUUGAAAACUCAAACUGAAGGUAAUUGGUUAUGUUGCGAAAAAUUCAGCAUAGCAGAUGUUAACUUGGCUAUUUUAUUGCAAAGACUUUGGGAGCUUGGGCUUGAAGGCCGAUUUUGGACUGGUGGGAAACGACCUCUUAUAGAAAAUUACUUUAAUCGUGUUAAGCAAAGAGAAUCAUUUAAGCGAACUAUUCCAAGCUUGCUAUUCCACAUAAAAAUGAUAAUUUCAUCACAGCCACCUGCAUAUUUAGGAGCUGCUGGUGCUGUAUCCGUUGCAGUAGUUGCUUCAUUUGUUUAUAUUAUUAAAAAAAUUGCCUCUUAGCCGAGGCACAUACAUCGUUUUCUCUUACUAUAUGUUGAAAUAUUUUUCGGUAAAUGCAGUAGUUUUAGGUAUACAUAUUUAGAUGCAAAAUGAUGCAAAUUUAUAUACCUAUUAGAUUUAGGUACCCAUUUUAAGUGAUCUUAUAGGAUUUAUUAAAGCAUAAAAACGAACAGUAUUAAUAUUGAUUAGAUAUGAAAUAUUUAUAAAUAAUUAGUUAACAAUGUAAAUAAUAUAUUUAGGUAUUCAAUGUGUAUAUAUAUAUGAAGUAAAAUACUGUGCAUAACUUUUAAUUGUGCUUAAGUAUUGAAAUUAUUAUUUUGUAAUGAUCUGUGUAGAUGCAAACUUUUAGUACCUAACUAAUAUUAAAUAUUGCUCUUGUUCAAUGUCCCUAUACACAUAUUAUAAACAGCUCUAGAUAUUUUCACAUUUGUGGUAUUUUGGAAAUAAAAAAUCGAUUAUGAUACAAUAAUAAAUUACAAUAUAUCGAAUUAAGUUCCGUGCCCAUCCUAGAAUUGUCUGGCGCCCAUUCCAAGCGGGGGAAUAAAAAGCGGAGCUUUCAACUAUAGUUAAAGAUAUUUGUGAGACAACAUAUGCACCUUUUUUAAGAGACUGGUAUUUAUAAUUCUCAAACAAGGGACAAAGACAUAAUACACAUAAUUGGGUAUUUAACAAUUGUAACAAUAAAAUAAAAUUAUUUUGAAUGUC